GAGUAUCGUAAUUGGCAAGAAUGUUGAAAAAAAAGUAACCGAGAAUCUUUUGUAAGACGUUUAGAUUUGAAAAUAGAAUAUCAGUGGUGGGAAAUACAGAUCGACUCGGGGAUAUCGGUGGUUUAAAUCGAUGAGAAUAGAUCGAUUACUCGCUGGCGAGAAAUCUGUUCGAUAUCGACCAUACCUACACUGACCUACACGCGAUUAGUGUAGUAGUUUUUAAUAGUAGGCUAAUUUGGAGAUGUUCGAAGUGUCUGUAAAUCGCGGUCCUAAACGUUAGUUGAAAUUGUUUAUUGUUUUCGUCGCGUUGUCGUGAAUUCUGCCUACCGGCCAGAGUGAAAAGAAUAUUAUGCCGCAGUUCCACAAAAUUGAAAUAAACAGGACCGAAUGGGAGGUUCCGGAACGAUAUCAAAUGCUCACUCCAGUGGGAUCAGGAGCUUACGGUCAAGUAUGUUCAGCAGUUGACACAACUACUGGUCAGAAAGUAGCGAUAAAAAAGUUAGCCAGACCAUUCCAGUCAGCUGUACAUGCAAAGCGCACGUAUAGGGAACUUCGUAUGUUGAAACACAUGAAUCAUGAAAAUGUAAUUGGUCUGCUAGAUGUAUUUCAUCCAUCUUCCUCUUUGGAAGACUUUCAACAGGUAUAUUUAGUUACACAUCUGAUGGGUGCCGAUCUCAAUAAUAUUGUAAGAACUCAAAAGCUUUCGGAUGAUCAUGUACAGUUUCUUAUCUAUCAAAUCCUUCGUGGUCUUAAGUACAUCCAUUCUGCGGGUAUAAUACACAGGGAUUUGAAGCCCUCCAACAUAGCUGUAAAUGAAGAUUGCGAGCUGAAGAUUUUAGAUUUCGGAUUAGCCAGGCCCACAGAGAACGAGAUGACUGGGUAUGUUGCCACGAGGUGGUAUAGAGCUCCAGAAAUUAUGCUCAAUUGGAUGCAUUAUAAUCAAACAGUCGAUAUUUGGUCAGUUGGAUGUAUAAUGGCUGAAUUAUUAACAGGGCGAACAUUAUUUCCUGGAACAGAUCACAUUGAUCAUCUAACACGAGUCUUAAUACUCUGUGGUACGCCCACAGAAGAAACUUUAAGCAAAAUUACCAGCCAAGAGGCAAGAAAUUACAUACAAAGUUUACCUUCUUUAAAAAAAAAGAACUUCAAAGAUGUUUUUCGCGGAGCUAAUCCCUUAGCCAUAGAUUUACUCGAGUUAAUGCUGGAGUUAGAUGCAGAAAAGCGAAUUACAGCAGAACUAGCUUUAGCUCAUCCAUACCUUGCACAGUAUGCAGAUCCAACGGAUGAACCUGUAUCGCUACCGUAUGAUCAGAGUUUUGAGGAUAUGGAUUUACCAGUAGACAAGUGGAAAGAACUCGUUUAUCACGAAGUAAUAAACUUUGUACCUCAACAGUUACCUUCAUCAUCUUCUACAAUUGAAUCUGCUUCGUAAUUUUAUGUUGGUAGCUCAAAUAAUAUAGUUGUAAGCUCGGUAAGAUAAUAUUAACAAGGAAUAGUUUUAAACGAAAGUAUAUAUAAUUGUUAUAUACAAACAUGUCAUUGUAUAUAAUGUUACAUAAGUAACGAAGUUAAUCAUUCAAAACUUAUGCAUACUAAAGGCAAAAUGUAUAUUUUUGUUAACGAUGUACAACGCAAGAAGGGUUAAUAUUUUUCACUUAACGCAUAGAUUGUUUUAAAAUGUAAUUUACCAACGCGCAUCAAUUAUUCGUGUUCAUGGUUAUACAUGAACGUUUUAUUAUGUAUCCAUCUAUUUAAAUGUUUUGAAGUCAUGAUCCUACUAUAGAAUAUUUAUAAUGUAUUUAAUGCAUAUAUUACAAGUGCAAUUGAAUAACUAAAAUGUCAUUUGCAAUCGAAAGUAACAUUUUUCAUAAAAUUAAAUCAUUUAGUGAAAGUAAUAGUUGAAUAAAAAAAUAUAUUUUUAUCGAAAAACUC